GCGUUUAUGGUUGGCCACCAGCGCUGGGAGCCCAGUGCGGGGGGGAAGAUGGCGGCCGCGGUGUCGAGCAGCCGUUUGUGUGACAGUAACCCCGCCACUCCCGGGGCGCAGUCCAGCAAGGAUGACUCUGAAGAGACAUCAAAUGACGAUGCUGUAAAUCAGCCUGCCAAACGUCGCCGUAUGGGCUCAGGAGACAGCUCAAAAAGUAGUGACACCACUCAAGAUUUCAGCUCCACCUAUUUUCCAGCAGAGAUGUUGAUAGAGUACAAGUGGCCUGCUGAUGACACGGGGGAAUAUUACAUGCUUCAGGAACAAGUUAGUGAAUAUUUAGGGGUGACCUCAUUCAAACGGAAAUAUCCAGAUCUGGAACGGCGUGAUCUGUCUCAUAAAGAGAAGCUGUAUCUGAGGGAGCUGAAUGUUAUCACAGAAACACAAUGUACUUUAGGUUUAACUGCUCUGAGAAGCGAUGAGGUUAUUGACCUGAUGAUCAAGGAAUAUCCAGCCAAAUAUGCUGAAUAUGCUGUAAUAUUGCAGGAGAGAGAACGACAACGAAUCACAGACCGUUACAAGGAGUACUCGCAAUUACAGAACACACAAAAGGUUGAGCCCAGUAAGGUUCCAGAAUAUAUCAAAAAGGCUGCAAAGAAAGCUGCGGAGUUCAAUAGCAACUUCAAUAGGGAGCGGAUGGAAGAAAGACGGGCUUAUUUUGACUUGCAGACACAGGUGAUCCAGGUACCACAGGGGAAAUACAAAAUUCUUCCGGCAGAGAGGACCAAGGUUGGGGCUUACCCAGUCGCUUUGAUACCAGGGCAGUUUCAAGAAUAUUAUAAAAGGUACUCUCCCAAUGAAUUGCGUUACUUGCCUCUAAACACAGCCUUGUAUGAGCCACCUCUGGAUCCAGAAUUGCCAGCACUCGACAGCGAUGGAGAUUCUGAUGAUGCAGAAGAUGUUCGUGGUGAAGAUGAACGCAAAGAAGACAAAGAUCUGACGGAGAUGUCUUCUAGCAGUACAACAGAUGGUGAAACUCCUCCUGAAAAUCAAGAUGAUUCCUCACAAGGAAAGCAGACACCGAGAGAAAAAGGACCUCGAGCAAAACGAACUGUUACACCCAAAUCAGUCACUGGGUACAAGCCUAAGAUCAUUCCAAAUGCAAUAUGUGGGAUUUGUCUAAAGGGUAGAGAAUCCAACAAGAGAAGCAAGCCUGAGGGACUCAUACACUGCUCCCAGUGCGACAACAGUGGCCAUCCAUCCUGCUUGGAUAUGUCUUCGGAAUUAGUAUCUGUAAUAAAAACCUACCCAUGGCAGUGUAUGGAAUGCAAAACGUGUAUCGUAUGUGGGCAGCCACAUCAUGAGGAAGAGAUGAUGUUCUGCGAUCAUUGUGAUCGUGGGUAUCACACCUUCUGUGUUGGACUCAACGCAAUCCCUUCAGGUCGUUGGAUUUGUGAGUGCUGUGCAAAUGUUCCUCCCACAACUAAAAAAGGAACAAGGAGAGGAAAAAGCAACCGAGAAGGAUAAAGCUGCCACUCCAAAGCCAAAUAGAGAAAAUGUGUGUCCACAAUAAAGUUCCUAUCAGAUGAAAGCUUUGGUUUACUAAAAUGCCAUGUCAUUACAUAGAAAUGAUUAGGGCUUUCAAGAUUAUUGUGUUUUUAUAAAUACCAUGUUCAUAAUUUGGAACUGCAAAAUUAUUUUCAACCAAAUAAAAAAUAUUAUAGAAUUAUAGUGGCAAAUGGUUACAAAGAUUUAUUUUGGAUAACAUUUUAGUCUGAAAUGUUUGGACUAUUUGAAACUGCAAUGGGAUAUCUCAAUAAAACAUGGUAGUUAGAUUAUUCUUAAGUGUUGAAAAGUUCAAACUUAAAUUGUAUUUUAUAAAUAUUUCUCUCCUUUCCAAAAAAUCUAGAGCAUGAUUCUUCAGGUGCCAAACAAUUACUAAGAUCUCACCCUAUUCUUCAUGAGCGCAGAGUUCUUGCAGGUUUAGUAAUCAUGGUGGGGGAGAGGUAAUCACAACUCAAUCCUUUUGCCUUCAGGGGCAUCCUUCCUUCAAGUGCUCUUAGAUGCUACUCAGUGUGAGGGCGCUAAAUAAAAAUGCAAGCUGUACAUCCACCCACACAAGGACUUCCUAACAGGAGGCAGUCAAAAGUAGAAAAUCUGACUUGUUUUCUUCCUUAUCCCAAAGUCACAGCCCAUUGACUAAACUGCAGUUGUGUAAAUCUAACAUGGGACCUUCCUGAACUGUAUGGACCUGUACUGCAUUACACAGUGAACUUGGCAAUUUAGCCAUAAGGGGAAACUCAAAAUUACCAUUGCCCUAGUCUCAUUAAUAUUAUGAAAUAACAUGCUCAGUUCUGAAAUUAUAUUAGACAUUAGCAUCAAAGCUGUUGAUUAAAUAACAAGAAUUAUUUAGGAAUAGUAUCGGUUCCAAUUUGAAAUAGAAAAUAUUGCAGAUUAGGAAGUAAUUUUGCAAAUCUGCAGUUAAUUGUAUACUGACCUAAAGCCUCACAGCAUUUCUUAUAGAGUGAAACUCUGUCUGAUAUGAAUGGACUAUUUACAGAUUGAUGCAUGUAAGGAAUUUAUUGGAAUAGGUGGAAUACCUUGAGUACAGAGGUAUUGACCAAGAAAAUGAUAGCAGCAUUUAUAGUCCUGACUUCAUGGACCUCUGCAUCCCCUGAUUCGUUCUUCAGGAUCGUGGUGCAAGAUGGAAUGCUCCAAAUCUGUAAAUCAGAGUUUGCAAAAAGAAAAUCAUCUACAAGAGUUGGAAAAAGAAUGUGCAGCUCAAAUAUGUGAACGAUCAAGUAAUUGGACAACUAUCCUGAAGGUAGAUUGUCUACUUCAUUCAAUUAUCCUCUGGGCACUUUGGGAUAAUGUUGCAUUAUUGUCAAUAAUGGAGUUAGUCUACCUAUGAUUUAAUGUUUAAGGUUACAUUAUCAAGCAUCAAAGGCAUAUGCAACAGAACACGUUUAGAUAUGUUUAGAUUUGCAGAGUUUAGAUUUGUGAAUUUCAAGAAGGAAAAUGAUAGGUAAAUUAUGGAUAAAGGCUUGAAGGGGAACAGAGAUAAGACAGGGCAGUAGGAUUGAUUGAACACCUUGUUCUGAGAGCUGGUGCAGACUUGAUGGUCGAAUGGACUCAUUGUUCUGUAAAUUUCUAUGAUUCUGUUUAAGGCUAACUUCACUUUGCUUCACAAACACAAAUAGUGACAUUUCCUUUUAGUUACACAAACAUAUAUGACCCUCACAGGUCUUGUGAAAGAUUCAUUUGUUUAUUGUCUGAGGUGCUUAUAAUAGACUCCAAUGUAAUACAUGUUGGAGACGAAUCAAAAUCAAGCUGACUUCUGUAAAAGUAGCAAAAUUACCCCUUCUGUGGAUUCAUUUUGACCACACACAAAUACAUUCCUGUCAGAUAUGCCGAAUAAAUUUUCAAGUAGCCUGAAGGCACAUCCGUUCACCAUUACCAGAACUAGAUGUGCUUUAUUAUGUUAGCAUUUAUUAGCAUAUGUAUCUUUUUAUAUUUCAUUUAUAUUUUAAUAUUAAAAUGUUAUGGCUUCUGAGUGGAGAAUAUGCUAAACUGUAGUUGUGUUCUGUCUUAUUUUCUAGUAAAAUGUCUCUCAAA